GGUAAACAGUCAUGGGGAAGGACCAUAUGCUGUAAGGACCCUAUUGGGGUGGGUUCUUAAUGGAUCACUGGGAGAAGGUCACAGUAAGCCUCCUGAUGAUGAAGAUUGUCCAACUCUUAGUGUAAACAGGAUUUCUGUAGAAACAUUGGAACAAAUGCUGAAAACUCAGUAUGAACAUGACUUCAAUGAAAGGGCAUCAGAAGACAAAGAGGAGAUGUCAAGAGAGGAUCUGAAAUUCAUGGAAAUUAUGAACGAAUCAGUGAAGCUUAAAGAUGGACAUUACAUUUUAAAACUACCCUUCAAAAUGAACAAUGUUGUCAUGCCAAACAAUUUCUGUGUUGCCCAACAGCGCAUUUCAGGAUUGAAAAGAAAGUUUGAGAAACAUGAGAUGUUCCAUCAAGAAUAUACAAAGUACCUUAGGGAACUUAUUCAAAAUGGUUAUGCUGAGCAGGUACCCCAGGAUCAACUAGAGCGGUCUGAUGGUAAACUUUGGUACAUUCCUCAUCACGGGGUGUUCCAUCCUCGAAAGGGAACAUUACGUGUUGUAUUUGACUGUGGUGCUGAAUUCAGGAACACAUCCUUAAACAAACAACUUCUACAAGGUCCCAAUCUUACCAGUUCUUUGUUGGGUGUUCUGCUAAGAUUCAGACAAGAUCAAGUUGCAUUCAUGACUGAUGUACAAUCAAUGUUUCAUCAAGUUAAAGUUGCUGAAAAUGAGACAGACUUUCUUCGGUUUCUAUGGUGGCCUGAUGGUGACAUUACUCGAGAAAUUGCAGAAUAUAGGAUGACCGUGCAUCUGUUUGGAGCAGUGUCCUCUCCGAGCUGUGCCUGCUAUGCUCUUAGAAAGACAGCAGAAGACAACAAACACAUGUUUCCAACCGAGGUCAUUGAUAGCGUCCACAAUAACUUAUGUUGAUGAUUUUUUGAAAAGUCUUCCAUCUCAACACGAAGCUAUCCAAAUGGUUAAAGAUCUUGCUGCACUUUGCCAUAAAGGUGGCUUCCAUUUAACACAAUGGAUUAGCAACAAUCGUGAGGUUUUACAAACCAUUCCAGAAAAGGAUAGAUCUAAAAACCUGAGGGAACUGAAUUUAGAUCGGGAUGAACUGCCCAUUGAAAGAGCUCUUGGACUUUAUUGGUGUGUCCAGACAGACACCUUUAAGUUCAAAAUGAUGGAAAAGGAGCGACCGCAUACUAGACGUGGAAUUUUAUCAGUGGUGAGCUCAGUCUACGACCCUUUGGGAUUUCUUGUUCCUGUAACACUUCCAGCCAAACUUAUGUUACAUGAGCUGUGCAGAAAGAACUAUGGCUGGGAUGAUCAAAUUCCCCAAAGCCUCGAACAACAGUGGAUAAAGUGGCUAACAGAUCUUCAACAAGUAAAUGCAUUCAAAGUUGACCGAUGCAUCAAGGCACAGGACUUUGGACAACUUGAUCAUGCUCAAUUGCAUCACUUCUCAGAUGCCAGCGAAAAUGGCUAUGGAACAGUAACUUAUCUUCGACUGCAAAAUCAAAAUAAUGUACAUGUUUCUUUUCUGCUUGGCAAAUCAAGAGUGGCACCUCUCAAACAAAUUACCAUUCCUCGAUUAGAGCUUACUGCUGCUGUCCUGGCUGUUCGAAUAGAUAAGAUGCUUAGAACAGAACUGCAGCUUCCACUUGAUGAUUCUUGUUUUUGGACUGAUAGUACUUCAGUUCUUAAAUACAUAAAAAAUGAAGAAAAAAGGUUUCGUACAUUUGUAGCCAACAGAGUAUCAACCGUUCGAGAAAUAACAGACAUCACACAGUGGAGAUACAUCCAUACCACCCAGAAUCCUGCAGAUGAUGCUUCUAGGGGGUUGAAAGUGGGGAAGUUACUCACAAACAAGCGAUGGUUAAAAGGUCCAGACUUUCUGAGGACAACAAAGGAGGAGUGGCCAGAAGUCAAUUUGGAUUUAUGCAUUGCUCCUGAAGAUCCAGAGCUCAAAAGGGAGCACAAAAUAAAUGCUGUGAUUAUUGAAACAAAUGUAACUAGCCAACUGAUUGAAUAUUUUUCUGAUUGGAAGAGGCUAAAAAUUGCAGUUGCAUGGAUGCUGAAACUAAAGCAUAUCUUAAUGGAAUUGAGCAAGAAAAGGAAAGAACUGUUGAAAUCGUCAGACCGACCCUGUAAUAUUGAACUGGAAGUGAAAAGGAUCAAAGCUGCAUUAGGACCCCAAAGCUUGUCAUCAGAGGAUCUAACUGAAGCAGAAAAUGCAGUCAUUCGUUUCUCUCAGUUUGAAAAAUUUGCCAAUGAAAUUGUCGCACUGUCCUCAGGAAAAUAUGAGGUGAGAAAGGACAGCACUAUCCAUCGAUUGAAUCCGGUUCUAGAGCAUGAAUUGUUGAGAGUUGGUGGAAGAUUGUGUAAUGCAGCAAUGCCUGAAGAGAUUAAACAUCCCAUAAUUUUAUCUAAAGACCAACAUGUUUCCAAGCUUAUUCUAAAGCAUAUACAUGAACAGGUCGGUCAUGGUGGAAGAAACCAGGUUCUUUCCAAGUACGUGAGAAAUAUUGGAUAACACAUGCCAAUGCGGCAACAAGAA